AUGGAUUUGAAGCAGUUGACCAUUGACAAAUACGAGACCAGAGAGGAAUUGAUAUUGAAUGGCAUAUGGAAAGGUGAAAUUUAUAAAAAUGUGGACCUUAGUACAAGAAAUGGCAGAGGAUGGCUCUGGAAGACUUUAGUCAUUGAUGGCGAGGGCGAUAUGGAAGAGAUUGUAGAGGUACCGACACUAACAGAGGAUCAUGAGCAAUCGCCGCAGCCGAAAGUUCCCAAAGGGCAGAAGGACAGAGGAAUUAGAAGGCUAACACCAAUCGACGUUAAGAGACAUCCAUUAAGUAGUACAGGGAUCAAACAGGAUGAUAGGGCGGUUGAGGACGAUGAUACGACAAUGAAAGAAAAACUUGAGAUUAUCGAUUUGGACCUUUCAAGAUUGAUGCUUGACGAUAUUUUUCAAGAGAAAGAAGUUCAUAACGAGAUGCGAAAGAUCAUGUAUAACUACCUGAUUCGGAGAAGCGAUGAUUGCUCGUACAAGCAAGGUUAUCACGAACUACUAGGUAUGAUCUAUUUGCAAUUACAUGAGGAUAAGCAAAUGAGCAUGGAAAACAAGGGUACAGAGUUGAAGAACAUACUUUUCAUAUUUGAAAAACUAAUGAAACCCAUGGCUUUCUUUUACAACGAAAACCAACUGAUAAAGUGGGAAAAUAAGGUGUUUCAACCUCUCCUUCGAACAUGUUGCCCCAAACUUUAUGGAAUCAUCUGUUGUGACGAUAAUCAUACAAAUCUGCUAUGGCUCUUAAGAUGGACAAGGCUGCUCUUUAUGAGGGAACUGCCUCGGGAUUAUACUCUUGUAAUAUGGGAUCAUCUCUUAACGUUUCUAUAUCCAGCCGAUACGUUCGUCGCAUGCGUUGUCGUGGUACUCCUUCUGAACAAUUAUAAAGUAUUCACAGAAGAAGUAGAAGAUCACGAUGACCUUGUUGAACUGAUGCUGCAUUUCAAUUCUAGAAUGCGUUCAAUGAUCGACUGCGUGGAACUUUGUAAGAUGGCUGGGAAGCUCUGUGAAUAUUGGUACGUCCAGGAUGCCCAGUCAAUGAAGACAUUGAGUGAUAAUUUCCUCAAGAUCAAAUUCAACGUUGACAGGGACUUCGAACCUGAUGGUACUGUGGAUCCCAAUAGAAUACGAAUAGAGGAAAAAUUGCGUAGACGUGUCAAACAAACAUUAUUGACUAGUAGUAAAGAUUCUAAAUAG